AAAGGUGUGCGGCCGCACUUGGGUCAAGAGAGGCAAAGGGUUGGCUUUGCAGGCUUGCGUGUCACCGAUGGUACCGAGUGAAUGCAAUUGAGAGACGGAGAUGCCAGGAUCCAAGGGGACCGCCAUCGGCAUCGACCUGGGCACGACCUACUCCUGUGUCGGCGUCUUCCAACAUGGUAAGGUGGAAAUCAUCGCCAACGACCAGGGCAACCGCACCACCCCCAGCUACGUGGCCUUCAACGACAACGAGAGGCUCAUCGGCGAAGCUGCCAAGAACCAGGUGGCCAUGAACACGGAGAACACCGUCUUCGACGCCAAGAGGCUCAUCGGGAGGAGGUUCGACGACCCCGUGGUCCAGGCCGACAUGAAGCACUGGCCCUUCCAGGUGGUGAGCGACGCUGGGAAGCCUAAGGUGAAGGUAGAGUACAAGGGGGAGUAUAAAACCUUCUACCCGGAGGAGAUCUCCUCCAUGGUGCUGACCAAGAUGAAGGAGGUGGCCGAGGCUUACCUGGGCAUUAGUGUCACCAACGCUGUUGUCACCGUGCCCGCUUACUUCAAUGACUCCCAGCGGCAGGCAACCAAAGAUGCCGGUGCGAUCGCUGGUCUCAAUGUCUUGCGCAUCAUCAACGAACCAACUGCAGCUGCCAUUGCCUACGGCCUGGACGCGAAGGGCAGAGAAGAGCGCAAUGUCCUCAUCUUUGACCUGGGUGGCGGCACCUUCGACGUGUCCAUCCUCGCCAUCGAGGACGGUGUCUUUGAAGUGAAGUCCACCGCCGGCGACACCCACCUGGGUGGAGAAGACUUUGACAAUCGCAUGGUCAACCAUUUCAUUGAGGAGUUCAAACGCAAAAACAAGAAGGACAUCAGCCAGAACAAGAGGGCGGUGAGGAGGCUGCAGACAGCCUGCGAGGCAGCGAAGAGAACAUUGUCUUCCAGCACCCAAGCCAACGUUGAGAUCGACUCUCUGUUUGAGGGCAUCGACUUGUACACCUCAAUCACCAGGGCUCGGUUUGAGGAACUGAACUCCAAUCUGCUCCGAGGCACGCUGGAGCCGGUGGAGAAUGCGCUGAGAGAUGCCAGGAUGCAAAAAUCACAGAUCCAUGAGAUUGUCCUGGUCGGCGGCUCCACCCGCAUCCCCAAGAUCCAGAAGCUGCUGCAAGAUUUCUUCAACGGCAAGGAGCUGAACAAGAGCAUCAACCCUGACGAGGCGGUGGCCUACGGGGCGGCUGUCCAAGCGGCCAUUCUGAUGGGGGACGAGUCGGAGAACGUCCAGGAUCUGCUUCUCCUGGACGUUGCUGCUCUGUCCAUGGGUCUGGAGACGGCGGGCGGUGUCAUGACCACCAUCAUCAAGAGGAACACCACCAUUCCCACCAAGCAGACCCAGAUCUUCAGUACCUACUCCCACAACCAGUCGAGUGUCCUGAUUCAGGUGUACGAGGGCGAGAGGGCGAUGACCAAGGACAACAACCUCCUGGGCAAGUUUGACUUGAGCGGCAUCCCACCUGCCCCUCGUGGAGUGCCACAGAUCGAGGUGACCUUCGAUAUCGACGCCAAUGGCAUCCUCAACGUGUCUGCUGUCGACAGGAGCACUGGCCGGAGAAACAAGAUCACCAUCACUAACGACAAGGGCCGGCUGAGCAAGGUGGAGAUCGACAGAAUGGUGCACGACGCGGAGAAGUACCAGAACGAGGAUGAAAUGCAGAAGCAGAGGGUCGCGGCCAAGAACUCCCUGGAGUCCUACGCCUACAACAUGAAGAGCACGGUGGAGGAUGAGAAUUUGAGGACUAAGAUCAGCGCGGACGACAAGAGGAAGGUUGUUGACCUGUGUGACCAGACGAUAUCAUGGCUGGAGAAGAACCAGACUGCGGAGAAGGAGGAAUUCGAGCACAAGCAGAAAGAGCUGGAGAAAAUCUGUCAUCCCAUCGUCGCCAAACUGUACCGAGGAGCGGCCCCUGGUCAAUCAUCUGGUCCCCAUGUUGGGAGUGACGCUUCCUCGGGACCAACCAUUGAGGAGGUGGAUUAAGAGUGUGUGUGUGUGUGUGUGUGUGUGUGUGUGUGUGUGUGUGUGUGUGUGUGUGUGUGUGUGUGUGUGUGUGUGUGUGUGUGUGUGUGUGUGUGUGUCUGUGUGUGUGCGUGUGUGUGUGCUUGUGUGUGUGCGUGCGUGUGCGUGCGUGCGUGCGUCCGUGCGUGCGUGCGUGCGUCCGUGCGUGCGUGCGUGUGUGCGUGUGUGUGCAUCUGUGUGUGUGUGUGCGUGUGUGCAUCUGUGUGUGUGUGUGCAUCUGUGUGCAUCUGUGUGCGUGUGCGUGUGCGUGUGCGAAUGUAUACACUGCAAACUGAGAACUGGUAACGUGCACUGUUGUUUAUGACUACCUUCAGCUGUCUCAGUAGAUCUUGUCUGAGCUUGUCUGAACUUUUAGGUUUACACUUAGGGACAUAUUUCAUCCGGAAGUGCACAAGUAGCGAGGAAUUUCCUUUGCUCCCCUGAACCACAUUGAUCUUCAUAAAUGACGAUGGCUUCAAAACACAGAUACAACAAAGGUGCAUGGUGUUCAGUAUAUUGUAUUUCCAUCUCACCUUGACUGUCCAUCUUACUAAGAAAUAUAUUUUGAAAUGUUUUCCACUGAAGUACUUGAAACAUGAAUACCACUCAACUAUUUUAUUAAAGUGUAUAUUGGUGGUUUUGCUAACUUUGGAAUAAACCUUUCAAAUUUG